CUCUGCGAAGCUUGCCAAACACUUUUUUUUCUUCAAACUCACUAUUAUGCCGAUCUGUUUUCAAGAGGAAAUUUUCUUUUUUUCUGCUACUAUUUGUGGUGCAAAUAAGCUCUUUCUAUCUUCGUUUAAAACUGGACACACGUCAAGACAGCUCAAAACGGAAUCAUCCGCACUAAACAAAAAAAAAUAACAAAGCAAAAAAAACCUACAACAACAAUCAAGGUGGAAAAUCUCAUUUUCCCAUUCGACAUUGUAUCUCAUCAUCGUCAUCGGUUUUCUAUCUUUUACAUUUGCUGGCACCAAUGCAACAACCAUAACUGCACGUACUCGUUUAAUACCCAUGGAAGAAGGGAGAUGCAAUUAUUGCAUGCUGCUCUUCUGUUGUCUUAUCCGCUAUUUUUCUCACCCUGGUGGUCGUUUUUUGUACUUUCUUAUAAAAGGUUGAUCAUGGACACGAUUCGAUAACAAUUCAUGUUUGGAUACUGCUAAGCCAUGAUCGUCAAAAUCAAAUAUUUUCUUAUUCUACAAUUAAUUCUUUUGCCAUUGCUUGUAACAGCAAACAAUGCGCGGGGAAGACGUCGUCCUGGUGCUAGAACUGAAGCAACAGCAGUCGAAGAAGUGACAGAAAAAGCUGCUGGACCUGAUCAAAUUGCUAUGGCUAGUCGAACUGAGUCCUCUAGAUAUGCAAUGCCAUCCUCUUAUGCCACAUCUGAUCAAGAGACAGAAAACUAUCCAUACGAGUUAAAUUUGGUCCGUCCUGAGAGUCAAUUUCCUACCAAUCCGGCCGGUGUAUCUCAAUACAGCUUUGGCAAUGAAGAGCGUCAAGUGGACGACGUCGAAACCGCUGAAGAGUAUGUUGCCAAGGCCAUGCAAAUGUACGGAAGUCGUCUCAAGGAACCCAUAAGAAUUACUGCAGAGAAUAUGCCACCUCAGAAUAAAUAUGAUGUCUUUGAAGCGCCCGAACCAGAAACACAAACACCUGCACCAAUACCAGUAUCGGCGCCUGUUUAUGAAAAAGACCCAGUCACUCGAUCAUAUGACGUUUAUGAUUACUCAACCUAUGAAACUGUGUCCGAACAGCAGUAUGAACCAAAGUUUGAAACCAAAUACCGAUACCAACCAAAUAAUAAUGCUGAAACCGCUUAUGUAGCUCCAUCCAUGAGACCGCAAUCAUCAUCUGACAAUGAUCGCAUUAAGGCAGCAGCUUCCAGUGAAAUUCCCAAAGAAGAAAUUCUGAAGCAAAUAGAAAAAUCUGUCAUCAAGUAUAUGAAAGAAAUGGAAGCCGAUGGAAAAAUUAUUCCCCCUUCUGAACCAAAGACAACCUAUGCUAAAUUUCAGCAAGCCGAAAGUGGCCAACGCAUUCAAACAACUCCAAAGCCAAAACAAACGAGUUUUCAAUACACAUCGUCAUCCACUCGGAAUCAAAGUCCAAAAAUAGCCCAAAAACCAAGUGCAUCAAGCCAAGAGGAAACUUAUUCAAGCUCAUUGCAACAAGAACUUUCAGAGAGCUUAGCUCCUAAUGUAGAAUUCAUCUACAAAAUCAAGGCACGAGCUCCUUUACAGUCUAUGCAAGCUUCGAGGCCUUAUUCAACUAAAAUACCAGUAGAAUCUUUUGACCAUUCAGCCGCUCUUAAGAAUAUGGAAGAAUUUGAUUUAUCUCAUGUAGUUCAAGAGGAACGAGUAGCAACUAAACCCAAACUGUUCUUCAAUUCAGAUAUAUACCAAGACAUCAACUCCUUGCCAUACAAACCAGAAAAACUUGUAAUCAAUAGACCACAAAAGACCAAGGAACAUCCAGAUUAUAAAGGAUAUGCGCUUUAUACUGAAGCAAAACCCGAAGAGGACUCCGAAGACUCUGGCUAUCCAAUAAUGAAUCCCUACCAGUUUGUUUUUAAGAAGGAACCAUCAUCGUCGUCUUCUCUUGUUGCACAAUCAUCAAACUGGGAAAGCUCCCAUAAUCGACCAUAUUCAGCACCCCAGAAACCUCAGUUGGAAUAUGAUACUUAUUCGCCAAAGUACAAUAACAAUCCCGAAGGCUAUGGCUACCAACACCAGCAUGGUCAAAGCCACAAAUACCAAGGACGCCAUACAACAAAGCGAGGCAAGCGUGGUGGACCCCAUCCUCAUGGAAAAAAAGGAUCACGGGGAAGCUCUUCAGCAAAGGAUCCAGAAGCUAAUGUAGCUCUAAGACCUCCACCAAAGGUGUAAAUUAAGUUAUCAUCAUUCAUAAUAUGAUCGAAUUGAUGUUGGUGGGGUUUUUAUUUUAAGAUUGUUUUGCAAUAUUUAUUUAUUUUUAUAUAAGCUUUUGUAUAUUAAGAACUCGUGUUUUUGUUUGUAUUUAUUUUAUUUUGUUAACAUUUUAGUGAA